GCUAACCGAAAUAUCAUCGCUCUCUCUUCUCUGAUAAACGGUUCUGUGCUUUACAAUGUCCAAACCCAGUUCAUCUCACUCAACCCGCUCCUCUCUUCGACAACCAUAAACCAAACCGGAAGGGUUUUACAGAACCUUGAACCAAACCCAGUUAAACCCACUUCUUCUCCUUUUGUAGCAUGAUUAUCGCUUACUAAAGUAGCAGCAGUAAUCUCUCUCUCUGGGCUUUACACAGAAAACCAAUUUUCUUUAUAUUCCCAAAUGCUUAUACCGCAGCCUUGCUUUUCCACUCUCUACAACCAGCCUACACUGAGCCAUGAACUUUCCCGCCACCACUGCAACUCCUUGAGCACUCCAAGUACAAAUCUUUCACUUACAAAUCACAAGUACUACGCUCGAAAACCAGGCGCUUCAUUGUUUGGUGCUGUACAGUGUCGUGCCCAGAAAAGAAGCACGCAAAAUGAGAUUCAAGAAGACCAAGAAAGUGUUAUUGAUUACGAUAAUUAUGAAGAUGAUGAUAAUGGAUUCUCGGCUCGGACAAGAUUUAGAGGGAGAGAUGAAGAGAGAGAUUAUGAUAGAGACCCUGAAUUCGCUGAAAUUCUAGGGAGUUGUCUUGAUAACCCACAAAAAGCUCGAGAUAAAAUGGAGGAUAGAUUGAGGAAGAAAAGGCACAAGGUUGUGCAAACAAAGACAGGUUCAGCUACACCUAUGAAGGUUUCAUUCAACAAAUUUGAUUUCUCAAACUCAUACAUAUGGUUUGAAUUCUAUAAUGCCCCACUGGAAAAAGAUGUCACCUUAAUUUGCGAUACAAUUCGGUCAUGGCACAUCAUUGGACGCCUUGGUGGAUGCAAUUCCAUGAAUAUGCAAUUGUCACAAUCAACUUUUGAUAAAAGACCAAAUUAUGAUGCUAUUCAAGGAGCAAAUGUGACACCGGCCACAUUUUACAACAUUGGGGAUUUAGAGAUUCAAGACAAUUUGGCGCGUAUAUGGAUGGAUAUUGGGACUUCUGAGCCAUUGCUUCUGGAUGUUUUUAUCAAUGCAUUAACACAGAUAAGCUCUGACUAUGUAGGAAUUAAGCAGCUGGUGUUUGGUGGAUCUGAAUUUGAGAAUUGGAAGGAGAACUUGACAUCAGAGGAUGCCGGUUGCAGCAUCCACAAGAUCUGAAAUUACAUUCUGACUUCCAAGGACAAUCUCUGAGAGCACUUUUUUUUUUCCCUUUUUUUUUUUUUCUUUUCCUUUCUUUUCCAAAUUUUAUAUGCAUAUGGGAGUAAAAACGGAUAAAAGGUUAGAACCCCAAGUAGUUUUGUAACAGCAACAAGCUUAGAUAUGAUGUGUGAUUGGUUAAGGAGGUAUAUUAGAAAAGAGUAAUGAAUUAGCAUCUAGCAUUUGUCGAGACA